CAUCCAGGCGCUGCCUCUCCCGUCUGUAGCAUCCGCUGUAUGAGAGUAUGAGAGCACUGCAUUAGCUGGAAGACGGUAUUGUUGUCGUGUUGCUCGUUGUUUUUUUGUUUUUUUAAAUAGCAGCAAUGUCUUCAGUUGAAUAUCUGAGAGUGUUAAUCAACCAGCGACUCACUGCCGCUGCGGAGGAAAUAUUCGGACUUUUAAAAACAACUAUUGUCGAGUACGAGGAGGAGAUCGACCGUCAGCGCGGAUUACUGGAUACUAUUUGGAAACCCGACUUGAAGUUAUACAGGAUAAAGCUCCCACAGCAACGUGUCUGUGAGGAGGAAGAGCAGGAGGAGGAGGAGGAGGAGGAGGAUGAGGUUUUCUCUGAGCAGCAGCUUCUCUAUGAGCAGCAGCUCUCUAUUCAGGAGAGGAGCUCCAGUCUGGACCAAGAGGACCCAGAGCCUCCACAGAUUAAAGAGGAACAGGAGGAACUCUGCACCAGUCAGGAGGGAGAGCUGCUUGAGCUGAAGCAGGAGACUGAGACCUUCAUGUUGACUCCUACUUAUGAGCAAAGUGACCACAGUGAAGAUCAGUAUCUGUACUUCAAUCCUGAUGAUACAGUCAACAUACCAGUUAUAGGCUCUGUGGUACCAGAGUCAAACACGGACCGCCAGCUCCUCUCACACAACUGUCACAGUGAAUCAGAAGCAACAAGUGACCACCAGCUCCUCUCUUACGUCUCUCAUGUAGCUGACAGCCACGAUCAGACAGGAUCAACUAUAAAUGCAGAGCUAAAAAAAAGACAUCCCGAAAGCAAAAUUCACAGUAACAAUAUAAACAACUUUAACUUGUUAAAGACUCCGCCUUUCAAAUGCGACACAUGUGGAAAGUCAUUUCAGUUUAAGUCCAAUUUGUAUGCGCACAAUAAAAUCCACACAGAUGAGAGGCCACAUUCUUGCAACGUCUGCGGAAAAAGAUUCAGACAGACGUCGGUAUUGAAAGCUCAUACAAGAAUCCACACUGGGGAGAAGCCGUACUCUUGCAAGACAUGUGGGAGAGAUUUCAGAUUUAAUAGUGGCUUGUUGGUUCACAUGAGAACACACACAGAGUGGAACAGGGGGAAGCUCCAGAGGAGACGCCUCUUUCUCGAGGAACUUGGAAAGGCACUGGUGAAACCACAAAUCCUGAGAAGACAGCAUGUUCCGAGAACCUCAGCCUCUGCAGCCACCGUGAGGAGGAUUCAGGAGGACAAUGCCAGUGCCCCAUCCACCCAACCUACAGAACCACCAUCUGCAGAGCCUGAGGUUGCGGCCGGCAGCAACAAAAAGAAACGCUGCGAAGUGUGUGGACCCAAGACGGACAGAAAGACGCAAUAUACAUGCAUCAAGUGCAAGAAGUACAUAUGCAACACACACACAGUAAAACUCUGCCACUCAUGUGUUGAAUAGGCUGGUAUGAAAAGGUAAUGUGUUCAAUGUAAACUGUGUGUUGUGUUAUGUAAAAUGACCUGAUUACUAAUGAAAUUCAGUGAAAUUCAAAUAAAUAAAAAUCAAUAGUUAUGAACAACCUUG